AUGACGAUUACAAUCGUCACCUUCUGCUCCACUACGAUGUACAUGUCAGAGGUUGUCAUUGCAACAUGUAUGAUGAUUACAAUCAUCACCUUCUGCUCCACUAUGAUGUACAUGGCAGAGGUGAUGGGAGAGGCCACCAAGGGCGCCAUGGACUCGUCGUUGAUGCACCUUGCCGCCAACAUGCAACCUCUCCUUGAGGCCAACCGCUGUGCCUUCACCAUCGCCAACACCUUGCACCUGCAGGGCAACAUGGCUUUCUUUUCUCAUGUGGGACCCAAGCUGUUCUUGGCCUUCUCCAUGCAGCCGCUGCUAGCUCAGAUAUCCUACGCCGGCGUCGACGGCGCCGCCUUCUCGUACUACCGCGCCGACGACGGCGAGGCGAAAGGUUUCCGGCUCGUGCUCCGCAAGAGCAGCAUGGUGGACGUGUUCCGGCGAGGCGGCGUCACCAUGGUCGCCCUCGCGUGCGCCAUGGCGGCGGCGGCGACGGUGGCGUGCGUCCUGAUGGCGCGGGCGCUGCGGCGGGCGGUGGCGCGGGAGGCGCGGCUCGACGCCGACCUCGUCAGGCACAAGGACGCGCUGCUGCAGGCGGAGCGCAAGAGCAUGAACAAGAGCAACGCCUUCGCCAGCGCCAGCCACGACAUCCGCUCCGCGCUCGCCGCCAUCGUCGGCCUUGUCGAGGUGUCGCGCCCGGAGGCGGCGACCAACCCCAACAUCAUGGACAAUCUCAACCAGAUAGAUGUCUGCACCAAAAAGCUAUUAGACAUACUGAACUCAAUACUAGACACGAGCAAGGUGGAGUCAGGGAAGAUGCAGCUGGAGGAGCUGGAGUUCAGCAUGGCGGACGUGCUGGAGGAAUCCGUGGACAUGGUGAACGUCGUGGGCGUCACCAAGGGGGGGAUCGAGGUGAUCUGGGACCCCUGCGACUUCUCCGUCCUGAAGUGCGGCAGCGUCGUCGGCGACGGCAAGAGGUUCAGGCAGAUCCUCGACAACCUGCUCGGCAACGCCAUGAAAUUCACGCGGGAGGGCCACGUGAUCCUCCGGGCCUGGGCCAACAAGCCGAUCGCGAGGGGCUCCAUGGGCGCUCCCUCGAGGUUCGCCUACCGGAGCCUCGAGAGCAGCCUCCUCAGCUUCCUCUUUGGAGGGAAGGAAGGCGGCCAUGGCGGCCUGCAGAGCUCUUCCGAUCCCUCGCAGAAUGAUCCCGAUUUGGUUGAGUUCUACUUCGAGGUGGUCGACACCGGCGUUGGGAUCCCCAGGGAGAAGAGGGAGUCCGUGUUUGAGAACUAUGUUCAGGUGAAAGAGGGACAUGGAGGCACUGGUUUAGGGCUUGGAAUCGUGCAAUCCUUUGUUCGCCUGAUGGGAGGAGAGAUAAGUAUUAAAGAUAAGGAACCAGGGGAAAGAGGAACCUGCUUUGGGUUCAAUGUUCUUCUGAAGAUAAGUGGAAGGCAAGCAACUGAAGAAGAUAUAGAAGAAGGACCAUCAGCAGUGGGAGAGUCAGACAUCCGAGCCUCAGUGUUCAGAGAGGCCAAGUGCUUCAAAGGUUGGCAUUGCAUACUUUUUGUUCAUGGGGAUGAAACCAGAAGAGUUUUGCAAGCUUGGAUGGAGAGCAUUGGGAUGAAAGUUUGGAUGGUCCCAGAGGCUGAGUUCAUCUCUUCCACACUGGAGAAGGUGCAAUCCUCCUGCGAGGAUUGCGACGCCGAUCGGUGCUUCAGCUCCAAGGAGAUGGUCAGCCAGGUUCUUCCAACCACAUUGAGGAACAACAACAUCAUGGCACGCAAUCUUGGAGAGCAUCAUCCACUUGGUCUGCUUGUCAUUGUUGAUGUGUCCAAUGGACAGGUUGAGGACAUUCAGAGACAGGCAGCAGAUUGUUCCAAAUUGAAGCGUCAGGUUCCAUGCAAAGUUGUCUGCCUGACUGAUCUGAGGACCUCCUAUGAAGAUUUAAGGAGGUUUGAAGAGGCCAGGUGCGAUCUCGUCUUGCGAAAACCAGUUCAUGGGUCUCGGUUGUAUUCUCUUCUCAUGACACUAAGAGAUGUCCAGUCCUCAGCUACACGCAGAUCAUCUCUUGUCGGCCAUGAAAAUUCAGUCACCAGACAGCAAGAUGUGUAUGGGAUUGGCAUGAAAGAUUUUGCAAAUACUGUUGCAUCAGCUGAAGUUGAGCACUUGGAUCAGGGGCUGAAAGCAGAAGAUGACAGGCCAUUGGAUGGAAUGCAUGUCUUACUGGUUGAAGACACCUUGGUGCUACAAACUAUUCAGAGAAAGAUGUUGAGCCAACUAGGAGCAACAGUUGAAUUGGCAGGGGAUGGAGCUAAGGCUGUGGAUAUGUUCAAAGAUGCUAUUGAGAGAGCAAGUGUUUCAGAAGAGCAUAUUGUGCCCUUGCCCUAUGAUGUCAUCUUCAUGGACUGCCAGAUGCCCCAGAUGGAUGGCUAUGAAGCAACAAAGCACAUCCGUGAGGAAGAAAGCCGCUACGGAAUUCACACUCCUAUCAUCGCAUUGACCGCUCAUUCCAUGGAGGAAGAUCUUCAGAAGGCUAUUCAUGCUGGGAUGGAUCUACACAUGACAAAGCCAAUAGAAAGGAGAAGAAUAGUAGAAGCUGUUCAUGGUAUCUGCAAAGGCAAUAACUGAUAUUAAACAAAUCCUCAUAUUGCAAAGGAAUGAUAAUAAUCACAUCCAUCUAGUUAGUAUCUGCAGCUAGUGAUCUUUGAAUAUCUAGGAUGGAAGUACAAUGUUUCUGUUUUACCAUUAUUGAUCUUAUUGCCAUAGCAAACUUGGAUGGUUCUUAAUUCCAUAGCAAACUUGGAUGGUUCUAGAUUUCACUUUUAAUUUAUCUUUGUCAUUCCACAAUUUCGGUUUGAGAGGCCCUU